GGAAGGGUGGGCAGGGCGGAAUGAAUGGAGAGAGUGGUGCGGGGGAUGGGGAGGAGAGAGGGGAGAGGGGGAGUAGGAGAAGUGAGAGGAGGAGAUCAGGAAGUGUGGUGAGUAGUGCGAGAGGGAGCAGUAUAACAUCCAGCGGAAGUUAUUACGCGGGGAGUAGGGCGAGUAGAGAGGGGUAUCGUGGGGGUAAUGGUGGACGAGGUCCGAUGCAUGAAGUUAUCAAUAUCGAUGCUGGAGCUCGCAUCGUAACUCAAAAUGUCAACUUUGGUGGCGAAUCGGGAGGGGAUAGGAAUGAGAACAGAGAAGAGGGAGAUGGUGAAGCGUUGGAUGAGAAGGGAGCUAUUGAGACUUAUGUCGAGCCGGAAGAGGCCUUUGACCGACCACCUGUGAGGAGACACACUGCGCCUGUGAGGAGGGGAUCGAGAAUUGGUGAGGGGAUGGUUGGAUAAGGUGAGAUGAGAUGUUGACGAGAUGGCAAUGGUGUCGGUGAGAUAGCUAAUAUUCCGUGUCGUUGUUUUGACAUGGACGUAGUACCGCAUCCAAGUACUCGGUCGCUCCUUCCUUCCACGCAGACGACAGAAGCAUCUUCCACAUCGUGGCUUCCUGUUUGGGAGAGUGUUGCUAGUGCCUCGCUUAGGACGGCUGCCCGCAGCUGCUCUUCCAACUUCUUCUCUCCUUCAACUUCAAUUUCUUUCAUUCUCCUCUGCGACAAGCUUCAAUCUUUCCAAACCACACAAACAGCAGUUCCGACCUGUUCCGACAGCAACAAUCCCAACACCUCGCACGACUUACUUCGAGUCACAUCAGCCCACCAGCUGCAGCUUGCAACCAAAUCUCUUAAUGUCGUCUUCACGAACUUCCCAGUCAUUUGCAGAGCCUGCCCAGAUGACGUCCACAUCAUUCGACGCCACGACUACGACUGUCAAGUUCGCCCUGUUCCCCAAGCUUCCUGCCGAGUUACGUGUCAGAAUCUGGAAGCUGGCAUCGAAUGAAACCCGCAAUGUUGACAUCUGGGUCCGAAAUAUUCACGUCGGUAUCUGGAACUCUCCUUACGCAGGUACACCGACAUGGAGUCCUUACGCUUUAUACUCUUCGACAAAAGCUCCUUCCAUUCUCCAUGUCUGCCACGAGUCUCGCGUUGAGGGAUUGAAGUACUACGUCCUGGACUUUGGUUCAACUUUUAAGUUCAAAAACUACAAAACGGAUAAGAGAUUUCCCAACAUGAGGGUCACAAUGCCGCCUCAGAUCUAUAUCAACUGGGACGUCGAUCGAAUUUGCAUCAUGAGACCGGAGGACUUUCACGCAUCAUCUCGUACACACAAAAGUCCGGAUAACAAGCGGAUUGCGAAGUUCUUGGACAGAUGUGAGAAGAUGGAGCUGAAAUAUCUCGCCGUCAAUGCUGCCCACAGGCGGAUGCCAAAUCUGGAGUUGUGCUAUUCAGAUGACGGAAUGGUGGAUAGUGAAGAGGAUGACGACUCGCGGCCACCAUUCGCCGCUUUGAUUCCAUGGGGUGGAUUCCUGAGGGAGCUCACCCUAUUUAGUGAUGAUAGAUGGACAGGUCCAUCUGACUUUGACAUGCGGUUGCAUUCUGUGCCUGGAAAUCUUCUGCUGGAGGACGUGGAGAGACACACCCCGGAGUGGGUAACACCUGCUGGGGCUGUUGACAGCUUCUAUAGCGAGAUUGAGAUAGUCGCUUCUGAUGUUGAUGAUCCAGAUGAUUUUUUCGAUCGGGUACUCGAUCCAUUGGAUGUGGUGCUCUGUAAACUCAAAUUCGACUGAAGCUCGGUUCAUUAUGGGUAAAGCGUAGGCUAUUCAUUGCAGCACGUUUGUAGCAUGUUUCUGACAAGGCUGAUGUCAAGAUUGCACCGGAACCUGGCUUGGACGAGAAGCGAUGGAAUGUAUAAUACUUUGCAAUGUCGUGCACAUCAUAUAUAGCUUGUACUUUUGACACUGGCUGCAAUCAACAAUAGCAACGUAGCUACUUCCCAGACACACUCAUGAGAGCAUACUUCCCUGGAACAUGAUAAAAUA